ACACACACACACACACACACACACACACACACACACACACACACACACACAACACACACAAACACACACUCUUCGAAGGGAGUCCAGCCAGAGUCUCAGAGGGGUUUUGUUUCUGCAGCCGGAGUUAGAAAAGUUUUUUAGGCAUUUUUUUUUUUUUUAGUUUGACAUCUUCAACAUGGUGACUACUGAAUCCCACCAGAGCCAGGAUCUGAUGGUCCCCCAUGAGAACCAGGAUCAGAACCAGAACCAGGAGCUGCAGGAAGAGGAGCAGGCCUCGCCCUCCUCUCCCUCAGCAGUAUUCGACUUGGAGAAGUUCAGUCACGGUCCCGUCAACGCCAUCACGGUCCUGACGCUGCUUGACAAACUGGUCAAUAUGCUGGACACUGUGCAGGAGAACCAGCACAAGAUGGAGAUGCAUCAGGUGGAGAUGGAGGGUGUGGUCAAAGGGAUCCAAGCAGACAUGACUAAACUGUCCAAGAGUCACAUUCACACCUCCAACACCGUCAGCAAGCUACUGGACAAGAGCCGUAAGCUAUCUGUCACCAUGAAGGAGGUUCGUGAAAAGAUGGAGCGUCAGGGUGCACAGGUGAAGAAGUUGGAGGCAAACCAUGCCCACCUGAUCAGCAGAAACAACUUCAAAGUGCUCAUUUUCCAGGAGGAAAAUGAGAUCCCCACCACUGUUUUUGUGAAAACUCCUCCUCCAUUCCCUCGGGAUGAGGGUUUGGAGGAAGGUGAGCCACCUGCACCAGGCGUCAGUGACAGCCAACAAGAACCCACCUUCAAGACCAUUGAUCUGUCAUCUGAUGAAGAUGUUGGCCUGGAAGCUGACCUGGAGGAGGAUGACUUGUGGGCUCAAGAUCUAGAGAACAUGGAAGAGUCCAAAGCUGAGAAACUGAAGCGAUCCAGCAUGAAGAGGGUUGACAGUCUGAAGAAGGCGUUCUCCAAGCACAACUUUGAGAAAAAGAUGAACAAGAUUGGAACAAAGCUGGUUUCUGUAGAACAACGAGAGAAGAUCAAACAGAAAACAGCCAGCCUGAAGUUCAGCAUUAGGAAGCCUCGCAGUAGCUCCGACUCUCAGCCCCAAGAGGCCUCUGCUAAGACCGAGGACUCGCCCUCUGCUGAGGCCGACAUCCAGGUGCCAUCAGGCAGCACUGAGCAGGAGGUCUCCUUCACUGAUGUCCAUGCUCAGCUGGCCCCAGCUGAGCAGCAAGAGUUGAUGAAAGAAGACAUGGAGGAGGAGGUGGAAGAGAAGGUGGAGGUGGAAGAGAAGGUGGAGGUGGAGGAGAAGGUGGAGGUGGAGGAGAAGGUGGAGGUGGAGGAGAAGGUGGAGGUGGAGGAGAAAGAGGAGAAAGUGAAAGAGGUGGCGAUUGAGGGCUCUCUGGUGGUAGAGGCGGAUGUGUCUGUGGUCUCUGAGGGAGUCAGUGAGGCAUAUGCUCUGUCCUCCACCCUCCCUCAGGAGGACAGACGAGCAGCAGAGGAGGAGGAGGAGGACAAUGAUUCCUAAGCGCUAAUUAAGAAAUCUGACCAACCACAGUCUAGACCUUGUUAAAGGAGCCAAUCAGAAUUUUGAUGAAUCAUUGCACUCAUCAUUAUUCAAUCAGGAACUUAAAAAAGUUCCUACAUGUUUACUCCAUACAGUCAGUUAAAUGUUACCUAGAGGUUCAUCUUGUGCAUUUCCACACUGUUCCCUUAAUUUUUCCCUUUAUAGGCUUAUUUCACAUGACCUCAUGAUGCACGAGUGAGAGUACGAAAYGCAGAUGGAGGGCAGGAAGUGAAGUAUCAGAGGAUCUGCCAUCUGAAAAAAACCCUCGUGUUUUGUGUAGUUUACAGCUGCUCCAAUUGUUCAAACUGAGAAAAGGAAAAGGAGUAUAAAAGGGAUCCCAGACCAGUUGUAACAUUAGACUUUAUUUAAUAAACAUAUAUUUUAACUGUAAAAUAAAGACUAAAAAUACUGUAGGAUGUU